UAAAGUUUACCAGAAAUAGAAAUUGAAAGUGAUGCUGCGGUAGUCGUGUCAAGUCGCGUCUUUUCCAUAUUAUAUUUUCCCAAGGCUGUGGAUAGUCAAUGAGAUCGAUAAAGGAGGUGGACCCCUUGUACUUCUUAACUCAACAACAGUAGUCCAACAAUAGAUAAGCUAAAACGAUAGCCCUGAUGUCACGAAGUGUCUCAAUGUUCUACCGAAGUUGGAGUCUACCUAUCGGGAGUAGGUCACAAGGCCUAAGGGGUCUACUGAACUAUGGCCUGUCAUGCUGUGUGAAUGCUCUGCUGCAGUCCUUCUCUGCCACCUGGGAACUGGUAGAUCUUCUAGAAGGGUGGAACCCAGUUGACAAGGAGAGUGUCCCUCUGUAUCUGAGGAAGGUGCUAAUAGCCAUGCAGAGUGACCAAUCCCAGCCGGCUCCUCAUAAAGACUUCCUGCACUGCCUGGACAGAAAUUACAUCCGCAACCAUGUUCAGCAGGAUGCAGAUGAGGUAUUCCUCUCCAUUUUAAACCUCAUCCAACAACAGAUGAGUGACAAGGCCUUGGCUCAGGAGAUUCAGUCUCUGUACAAGGUUACCAUGGAGACAUACCUUCAGUGUCUAGAAUGUACAUACGUCGAAACUGGGAACAGCUUUCUGCUCAGCCUCCCCAUGCACAUAAGGGAGAGCCACAACUCCCUGGAGGACUGUAUGCGGUUUUUCUUCAAGCUUCAGGAGCUACGGGAUGGAGAUAAGUGCUACUGUGAAAGGUGUGGAGAGAAGACGCCAUCCAAACAGGGCUUCAAGCUCAUCUCCCUGCCCCCUGUCUUGUGUCUUCACCUGAAGAGAUUCCGUCAUUCCCAUGGUUACACCAGGAAACUACACUGCAAAGUCACCUUCCCAGAAACCCUGAACAUUUCUGAGAUCUUGACAGCAGAGGCACUGUCAGAAAGUUAUGUACAGAGUGACAGCCAGUACAGUUUGUGUGCAGUCAUAGUGCACUCCGGCGAUGCCAUGUUUGGACACUACACAGCAUACGUUCGUCACAAGGACCAGAGCUGGUACUACGCUAAUGAUCGUUAUGUACGGCAGGUUAGCUGGAAGGAAGUACAGAACACCUAUGGAGGAAGUCUGGGAGAAGACACAGCAUAUAUGCUGCUCUACCGACGAACCCCAGAGGGAAAGCAACAGGAGGGGUCCUCGGGCUGACGGAGCUAAAGGAAUGAAGGGUGGAGACUGGAGACCGUAGGAAUCAAGGACCAAACACAAAGUGCACAACUACCUAUUGGAGGGGUGUUGUCUUCAUGUAGCAUUGGGGAUGUCCUUUAUCUUGAUGAUUUUCACUUUAAAAUGAUGGUUAAUGGGUCAUUGUUUAUGUGCAAUUACAUGGAUUUGUUUAAGUAUAUUUGGUGCGGUGUGUAUAUGUUUUGAGGUUUUGUUUAUGCUGGAUACAUUGGACAUUCAUAGGGCGUUACUGAGCUUAGCCAAUAGGUGGAGGCAAAGACCCUUCACCCUGUCAUUAGUACAGUCAUCUUGUAAGCCCCAGAGACCACAGGUUCUGAAACCGUUCUGAAACCACUAUAAGACGGGUGGUUUGAAGAGAGUGCUGAGUUGAGGUAUUCUGGGGGAAAACCUGAAAAAGGCCAUUGACUCAUUAGUGAUAAUAUUUGCCUGACAUGGAAAACAUGUGACUCACCUUGUUUCAGAACAAUUGGUUUAUACAGUAGUUACCGGUACUCUGUUCUGUUUCGAUUUCACUACAGAUAUAAGGCUGUCAACAGAGAAUUAAACGGUCGUUUUCCCAGCUAGCACCUGAAAAUGCAUUGCGUCUUUUUCCAGUUACUGAUAUGAGCCCUGCAAGACCUAAAACACCCAUCGUAUGUGCCACAGGCUCUCUCAAUACUCAUACUUAAAUGUGGUUUGGAAUGACAUGCAUUGAAAUUUUAUGUUCUUGUAUAAUCUUCUCUGUUCUGUUAUUUUCUUAUCUUCUAUUUUCUUCUAUUCUCAUUUGCCUGUCAUCUUUCUCUCAGAAAAGGAGAGUGAUGCACAGAUAGAAUAUCUCCAAUCCACCUAUUCCUUCUCAACAUACUUUACAGUACAUGUACAACUGGUAUAGGCUGUCUGUCUGGGGAAUCUCACACAUAGUUAAUAAAAACUGUUCCCACUACCUUAGCCAAGACACUGAGGACCAGUUGAAAUGGUGUCCGUGUGCUCGCAGCCUGCCUCGCGCUGACAGAAUGGAAGACGUCUGCACGGUGCCACAGGUAGUAGCCUACGUGGGCAUCUCCCACCCACAGUCAGCGGACAGUAGCGGAGUAAUACAUUCAGUAUGUACAGUGGUGAUGUACAGCGCUUUUUACUGGCGUGUCACUGUUCCUUUUAGAUGUUGCAUUUCUAGAGUUGACGCUCGAAUCUACUCUCGACACUACAGAAAUGUAACAGUUUUGUAACUAAGUCUUAAACCUCACUCUUGAUUGGCAGAUAUAUAUUUUCGGGCUGCCCUCUAUAAAUGCUACUCUGUUUUUGAAUCAAAUCCAAUUAAAAGUCAUUUUUCACA